AUGAACCCGCCGUGCGCCCGCUGCGGGAAGAUCGUCUAUCCCACGGAGAAAGUCAGCUGCCUGGACAAGGUGGCUGUCAUCAUCCCGUUCAGAAACCGGUAUGAACACCUGACCCACUGGCUCCACUACGUCCAGCCGGUCCUGAUGCGUCAGCAGCUGGACUACGGUGUGUACGUCAUCAACCAGGACGGAGACGGAGCGUUCAACCGGGCCAAGCUGAUGAACAUCGGAUUUGUUGAAGCACUGAAGGAAUACGACUACAACUGUUUUGUCUUUUCUGACGUAGACCUGGUACCAAUAGAUGACAGAAACCUCUACAGAUGUUCUGACCAUCCCAGACAUUUAUCUGUGGCUGUGGACAAGUUUAACUUCAUCCUGCCCUACGCCACCAUCUUCGGUGGAGUCUCAGCGUUGUCCGAACAGCAGUUCCUUAAAGUCAACGGCUUUUCAAACACCUUCUGGGGCUGGGGGGGUGAAGACGACGACAUGUCGCAGCGGAUCUCUUACAGACGGAUGUUCAUAUCCAGACCAGACUCCGUCACUGGGAGGUACAAGAUGAUACAACAUAAGAGAGAUUCUCACAACGAUCCAAACCCAAGAAGAGGUCAGAAACUGACAGAAACCUAUUUUAAUAUAAUCAAAGAUGGGCUUAGUACUCUCAGUUACACAGUCAGGGAGAUUAGGAAGGAUUUAUUAUACACUUUAGUUACAGUGGAUGUUCAGGUUCCAGCAGGCUGAUGUGGAUCCAGAUGUUUCUGUUCCACACCUGGACGAUUGGACCAAAACAAAAGUCAACUUAUGAAACAGGGAGAAUAAAACGGAAUAGUCCAAGUUCAUCAACCCAACAAUGCAAGAUGGAACUUGGUUGGUUAUUU